UUCUCUUCAUUGUGGUUUUUAUGUAAACAUGUGGACUUUUAAAAUGCACUGCGAUAAAUUAUAGAAUUAUAUAGUACUAAUUUGGACCCUAGAAUUAGAAAGAACAAACAAAAAUCUAACGACUGUAACAGAAAAGGAAGGAAUAAAUUAUAACCUAUUGAAAACAAUUUGUUUUCCACACUUGGCAACAGAAGAAUUCCUUCACAUCUGUCAUCCAGUCUAAAAUGCCCUUUAAGUUGAAACUGAAAAGGAGCAAGCAAUAUAAUGUAGCAUCUAAAAAUGUUUUUGUGAUCUCAGUCAAGCCAUUAGAUAACAAUGAUUCAGUUGAAUGUACAUUAUCGUCGCAAAGUUUAGGACUGGAAUGCCUAAGUAACGUGUGUCAGAAGCUGCAGAUACAACAGGAGCAUUACUUCGGGCUCCAGUUUUUAUCCAAACAAGGUGUUAUGCGGUGGCUGGACUUGGAGCGGCCGGUUAAAAAACAGCUCGAUAAACAUGCCCAGGACAUGACUUUAUACUUACGAGUCUUGUACUUUGUUACUGAUGUCAACGUUUUGUAUGAUGAAGUGACAAGAAACCAAUACUUUCUUCAGCUGAAGUCUGAUGUGAUUGAGGGGAAGCUUCCAUGUAGCCAAGAACAAGCUAUCUUAUUGGCCAGUUACAGUUUGCAAGCUGAGUUCAGUGACCACAAUCCUGAAAGGCAUACCCCAGAAUAUCUCAGUAACUUUGCACUCCUUCCCAAGCACAUGAUUCCAGAUAGGAAUAUCCAAGGUGCUUUAAUGGAGCCAGUAAUUCAGGCACAUCGAAGUUUACAAGGGUUGUUGCCAUCUUUGGCAGAAAUCUACUAUAUCCUUGAAGCACAGCAACUUGAAGGGUAUGGCCAGGAUAGCUACAUUACAAAAGAUCACAACAGAGAAGAUGUUUACAUUGCAGUUUCUAAAUUAGGUAUCUUUAUAAAGCGUUACAACCUGCAGCCUGCUGAUUGUUUUAGAUGGAAUGAGAUUACCAACCUGAGUCUGAAUAAAAAAGUAUUUAUCAUAGAGUGCCAUGUGAAACAAAGAACUUUUCCUCUUCAGUUGGAGGAUGUUGAUAGUGCCAAAUAUGUUUGGAAGAUGUGCGCCCAACAACAUCAGUUUCAUUUUCCAGCAAAAAACCAACAAUGAAGUUGAUGGUCAGAAACUUCAAACAGGAAACCAAGGGCCAGGUGUACAAAAUGCUGUCUACAGCAAUACUCGACAAGAGG